GGUGAUCAUCUAGUAGGUUUUGGGGAAAAUGGAGUCUGGGAAGGUUGGAGUAUACCUUGCUUGUCGUACUUUCCCUAUUUUGCGUACUUGGAGUUACAAAAAGUCUUCAUGCCUAAGUUCUUCCUUCAUAUCAACAAGCAAAAAGAACAAAGAAACCGCCGUUAUUCCUGAACAGAUUUUUAAGCAGAAGACUGCUGAAGAUUUUGCAAACGUUAAGUCUGAACUUGAAAAGAACUGGGUCAGCUAUGGAUGGAGUGUUGAAUCCAAGGAAGAUGACAGAUCAACAUAUCGUACAUGCUGUUUUAUGGGAAUAACCGUGUGUCUAGUGGGAGGUGGUUUUGUUCUCAUGUAUAUGCCUGACUUCAGAAGCAAACAAUGGUCAGUGAGGGAAGCUUUCUUACAGCUCCACAGAAGAGAAAAGUUAGGCUUACCACUGAUAGACAAAAACCUCAUAGAUCCAAGCAAAAUCGAUCUCCCAUCUGAUGAAGAGUUAGGAGAUACUGAAAUAAUUAUAUAAAUGAAUAACAAUGUUAACACCACAUAUGAAAAUGUUAGACUAAGUAGCCUGCUGGUGUAUUCCUUGCAUCUGGACUGUAGAUAAAGUAGUGUUUUGUAGUUAUUCUAAAUGGGAUAUUAAACUAUAAUUAUUACAGAUGA